AAAAAGAAAACUUUUGUCAGGAUUAUGGAAAACAGCAAAUCAUCAUAAAGAACAAUCUAUAAUGUUAAAAUUUUUAGCAAAUGAUUUCAAUGAACCAAGAUGGAAAACUUGUGCUUUAAAAAAUGCAUAUGCAUUAUUAGGGAAACAAAGAUUUGAAUAUGCGGCUGCUUUCUUUCUUCUUGGUGAUAGAUUAAAAGAUGCCGUAAAUGUAUGUUUGAAACAUUUAAAUGAUUUUCAAUUGGCUGUUGCCAUAUGUCGAGUUUAUGAAGGUGAUGACGGAAUUAUUUUGAAGAGUGUAUUUGAAGAAUAUAUUAUUCCUUUAGCCAUUUCAACGGGAGAUCGAUGGUUGGCUAGUUUAGCUUUUUGGUUUCUAGGUCAAAGAGAUCGAGCUGUCAAAGCUAUAAUGGCACCUUUAGAAACUCUAAGAACUCUAAGUAAUAAUUCUUCUUCAACACAAUCUUCCACAUCAAUUUCUUCACCAUCAUCAUUAAUACCUACGGAAUCACCCGACGCAGCACUUAUAGUUCUUUACAAACAACUUAAAGAAAAAUCUAUACAAACUCUUCGUGGAGCAUCAGAAAUAUCACCAGAAACAGAAUAUUUUUUCGUUUUACGUAGUAUAUUUGCAUAUGAUCGAAUGGGAUGUCCAUUAUUAGCUCUUCAUUUAGUUAGAACUUGGAAAUUUACUCCAGAAUCAAUGAUCAAAAAUCCUCGUCAUAUAUUAAAAUCUCGUAGAAGAACCACCGUAUUUGAUAUACCUAUAUUAAAUAAUGAUAGUAGAAUAUCAAGUGGAUUUAUAAAUUUUGAUAAUUGGA